AUGAGUCUUCUAGCUAAAACUACGAAUGUUGAAACCACAGCGGUCACUUUCUUCAUCAUCCUUCUAAUUUGCCUCAUUUGCAUCUUCCUUUUAUUGGUGGUUUUUUUCUAUAAAUGUAUUCACGGCAAAGGAGAUGAAGAGGCAGAAACACUUCCUUGUACAGAUGCCGAUGGAGGUGCUUGUGCAGCUGCUGAUGGGGAGAAGAAUAACCCAGAAGACCAAGGAAAGGACGUAAUGGAAACUAUGCCGGUGAGGCCUGGCAUUCUUGUCCAGAGACACACUAAGGAAAGCUCAAGGACAGGGAGCAAGGAGAGAAGUCAGGAAAAAACAAAAGUUGAAGGUCAAGAGGUGAUGUGUUUUUCCACUCUCAAGGGGCAAAUUAGAAUGACUGAAAAGGAGGGUGCCAAUAUGGAGAAAACACCUACAUCUCUCAGUAGAGUUCAUUCAGGUGCUGAAAGCCAAAAAAGACCUUUAAAAGGAGUGACAUUUUCUAGGGAGGUAAUUGUUGUGGAUCUUGGGAAUGAAUACCCUACACCUCGAAGCUAUACUAGAGAACAUAAAGAGAGAAAGUGAAGCCCAAAAAAGGCUAAGAGUGAAAGAAAGUGUAACCUUUGACUAAUAUUGGAAUGACUGAGGGUACAAAAUCACAUUCAAACAGUAAAAUAAUGGGAAUUGAGCAAAUACAGAUAGUAUUUUACCUUUGUGCAGAAAGAAGUGAGUCACAUGCAAAAUUCUGUAAGUAAAAUGCUCAGAGCUUGAAUAUAAUUUUUUAAAAAUCAAAUCUGAGUUUAAGAAAUUGAUUGUAUUAAGUGUCCUUAAAACUCUGUCUACUCACUCUUCUAACAUGUGAAUAAAGUUAUUUGUGUU